AUGUCUUCAGAGUUCAUGCGGGGUCGAGCAGGAACUAGCGACCACGCAGGGAGCAGCGGGCUGCGGCUGGAAUCUGAAGAGACCCGCUGCUACUGUGGAGCACAGGACUGUGUCCGUGGACCCGGAUGCGAAAUACUCCACACUCGCAAACGAGGAGAUGCCUACGGUCCAGGGAGAGGAGAAGAAAUUACAAACUCGGUUCCUGCAGAUGGAGAGGGCCCUCAGAGACCGGUGCAUGUGGAUUCCUUCUACAUGGACAUCCAGGAAGUCACUAACAGGCAGUUUCAGAAUUUUGUUAAUGCCACAGGAUAUGUUACUGAGGCCGAGAAAUUUGGAGACUCAUUUGUAUUCGAAGGAAUUUUGAGCGAGACAGUCAAAAACCAAAUCACCCAAGCUGUGGCUGCUGCCCCCUGGUGGCUACCGGUCAAAGGGGCCAGCUGGAGGCACCCUGAGGGGCCAGACUCCAACAUCACAGACAGGCUGAACCAUCCAGUUAUUCAUGUGUCCUGGAUGGACGCUGUCGCCUACUGUUCCUGGGCCAGCAAGAGACUUCCUACAGAGGCUGAAUGGGAAUAUGCCUGCAGGGGUGGCCUCAGAGACAGACUUUAUCCCUGGGGAAACAAGUUGAACCCUAAAGGACAACACUACGCCAACCUCUGGCAAGGGGAUUUCCCCAGCCAUAACUCCGGAGAGGAUGGAUACAUCAAAACCUCACCUGUGAUGUCUUUUCCCUCCAAUGGCUUUGGCCUGUAUGACAUGGUGGGGAAUGCAUGGGAAUGGACCUCAGACUGGUGGGCUGUGCAUCACACCACAGACCAGCAACACAACCCAAAAGGUCCACCUUCAGGCACAGAUAAAGUGAAGAAGGGAGGGUCAUACAUGUGCCACAAGUCUUACUGUUACAGAUACCGAUGUGCAGCCCGAAGCCAGAACACUCCGGACAGCUCAGCCUCUAAUCUCGGUUUUCGCUGUGCCUCUCAAGACCAACGAUGACUUUUGAACACAAGCCCCAGCUGCCCCCUAACUCCAGUACUGGAAGCUACUGGAAAUUAAAGUGCAGUACUGUUUACAUGCCAUCGCAUUACCAUGCCUCUGAAAUGGAUUUAAAAGCCAUUCAAAUUGACUGGAGUUGAGAAUGCCCUACUAAGAUAUUCUCAGAAUCCUUACAUUUUCCAAAUAUAUUCUAGUGAUUUUAUUUUUUUUUAAAUAAAUGAAUAGAAAAGGUUGUUUUCUCAUCUCCGCUCUCUUUACACCUGUCAGCAAAGAUGAGAGACACCUGAAUAACUGAAGUCAGCGUUUCUGCUGAGUCAGAGCUUUUGAGCAGCAAACAUCAGUGUGAUCUUAUACGGUAAAUGUGAACAGAAAUCUUAUUGGCUGUUAUUAUCAUCGAAGGGCUGGUUGUGAUUAACUCAAAGUAAAUUCUUAAUGUAUAAUUACAGUACAUUUAGGGUUACUGUAGUUAUUUUAAAUGUGUGUGUGUAUGUAUGCUUGUGAUUUU